GAUACAAGGCUUCGUAUCAAGGCAUAACUAUGACGUCGUCACGUCACGUCACUCGUAGUAGUUAAGACGAUAAUAUGAUUAUUUCCCUGAGCCUGUGACAGAGAGUUAACGCGGAAUUUAGGCUUCGGAGAAAGUCAAGGUGUCAUGGGGUCAUGGAUGCUGGUGUGGAUUCUGUGCACCACAGUCACUCUGAUGCCUGUGUGUCUUCACGGAGCAAUAUCGGUCCACUUUAAGACCGGACGGCUUCUCUAUGUGGCUCUCGGCGAAACUCUUGUUUUGGAAGUCGUAUUCAAGAAGGACUCAGGUGACAAAAUAGACAUGGUGUCGUGGGACCGCAAGGGAGCAAAGGACAAUGUCAGACUGUCACAUGGAAACAGAAUAUCUUUGGAGAAUGGAGAUACACUUCUGCGGGUCACUGAUGUUGCAGAAGAGGACAUUGCGACCUACAAAGUCACCGUUACAGACAGUAACGGAUACCAGCAAGAAGUCUCCAUAGAAGUUAAAAACAUAGUUUCAGGGGAACCUCCAAAGGCGUCAAUUACACGUGUGCUGGAGUGUGUUGUGGAUAAUCAUGGCUUGGCCCAGUGGGACAGCCCUCAGUUUUCAUGGCUGGUUGAUGGUGUUAAAGUAACCAAUCAAUCCGCACUGUUAACAAACGGCAGUAGACUAGAUAUCUCUGGGGUUAAGGGUGUUAACUACACCUGCAUCAUCAAGAGCAGCCUGGGGACGCUCACAACGCAUUUUGAAAUGCCAACAGAAUCUGGGUGCUGUUGUGCUGGACUGAUUGCAGUUGGAGUAAUAACAGGAAUAGCACUUGUGGCCGGAUCAAUUUUCCUGAUGAAGUACAAAAAAACCUCUAAACAUGAAGCUGUCUCUACUAAGUCAACAUAGAAGAUUGUAUUAUAUUUAUUUACAUGUUAAUAUACCUGUAAACAUUUUAAAUAGAUAAUUUUGUGUUUAUUCUAUUGGAUAAAGUUAUUGCUUUAUGUCUUGUUCAUUGAUUCGUUCUGUCCAUUUGACCAAACUAUAAAAAUGUGAGCUGUUAAAAUGGAUCUUUAAGAUAUAAGCUAUAUUUACAAAAAAAUGAUAUGGAUAUCAUUGCUAUUUAUUUUCUCUCUACCUCAUUUGUUCUGUUUAA